AUGGUCUACAAUGCGUUGACUGACAUCCCUCGUAACCUUAAGGAAGGUAUUGACUGGUUGCUGGCCCUGAAAGGAACUGAUUCUGAAAAUAACAUGACGGCUUUGGGUACCGCUAUUCACAAAUUUCUUGUAACCAAGCCUGUCGGAUUCAUGCAGGUGCCAGCACUGGAGAACGUUAAGCAAAUUUCCAAGGAAUUUAUGGAGCAAGAGGAAAUUAAGGGUCUUUGGCCGAUAAGUGAGCUGUUGGAGAGAUUUACUAAGCCUAUGGAUAAAUCGCCCGCUGUUUUCUACAGCAAGUUUAACGUUGAUGAAAGCGAUUACAGUAACGUCGUUGUACGCCGUGGUGUCAAACCUGAAGAUAUUGCAAAAGAUAUUUCCGAAGUUGUAGACGGUUGUGAAAAGUUUCUGGAAGAAGUAAAAAAACCCGACCAGUACGAAUCUGCUUACAGUGCAGAAGCCACGUGGGAGGCAUCAUGUUCCGAAAACCCGGAAGAUUGCGCAGCGGUAUUCGUGGGGAUUGCGCCCAUGUUGUACGCAGGUCUACGUUCUUUACGGAAGGCGAGCAAUAAUGAGCAAUUGAAGUGCCUGCGGUUGUAUAAAACGGGUUUUAGUUUGGAAAAGGUAUUGGAUGCCAUGGGUUACAAGGAGGCAGAUCUUAAAUCUAACAAUAAUGGUUCAUACAUCUUCAAGGCGUUGCGAAGUGUGAGCUUCCGAAUGUUGGUGACACUUUACGAUCUCUCCGGGUUCUGGGCUUUCUAUGAAACGGACACACCUGUACCUGGAGGUGCAUUAUCCGCAGAAUCUACAUUACGUGCAAAAGCUCGCGAAUUCUACAUGGGCGAAAAGAAAAAGUAUGGAAUACCAGGGGUUGACGUUGACAUGGGUUUGGUGAAUGCCUGGAAUACUAAAACAUAUCAUAAUAAGCGUCCCAAAAUCUCUACUGCUUCCGCUACAGGCAACUUCCAGUCUCCUGGUGCGCCCACAGUGGCGAACUUGGACGCUGCUAGCCCAUUUUAA